AUGGGGCAGUCGCUUGCGCACAAGAGCGGACCGCCGCUGAGCCGUCCUCAGACGCCGCGUAUAGCGGGAUCAAAUCGAUCCGCCACAAGGCCGAGUCUGCCUGCACACGCCGAGAUGCCCUCCUCCGGGGACGCGCUGCGCCAGUCCGCGCGGGAGAGGGCGCCGUGGGGCGGGGCCCGGGGUGGAGCGCAGACCCUCGGGCGGCAGGGCGCCGGUCGGAUCGCCAGCCUUUUCAAAAAGCCCCCCGGAGGCGCGGUGUCCGCCAGACCCGGGCCAGUCCGGCCGCGUGUCUGCCGCCCAGGUCUGCGUCUCGCCUCUGCAGAGGAGCCCGACGGCAGCCGCGGCGGUGCCCGCGAUGGUCCCAGUGGAGAGGGCAGAGCCACUACUGAGGCUCAUAGCACUACUAGACUCGGGGUCUGUAGCACAGAGCGAUGGAGCAGGUCUUGUCAUUCAGUAGCUCAUCUCGAUGAGUGGCACGGUUCUAUGGACACAGAGACGCUGCUUGGUACAGGUAGACGACAGACGUGA